CUUUGCCAUCCAGCGUUGUGUAUGCUGUGUCAACUGCUUGUGUAACGGGGCUUAGCAGCUCCACCCCAAGCGACAGUGAGGAUAUUCUGUGAACGCGCUGCAACAUUAUUGAUAUUUGUUAUGGCCUCCUUAGUCAAUGGAGCUUUUUCAGACACAAGUCAGUUAGAAUUAGAAACAGAGAACGCUGAAGUCAUAGGUCUGUCCGAUGGGCGGAAGAACGGUCGUCGGAAGAGGGCCAAGACUGUUCCUGUUUGGGAAAACAAGCCAUGUGGUUCUGCUCGCAGUCUUGUAAGGAGAAUUGGAUCCCACCUCCCAUUAAAGCCCUGUCCAAGAGCAUGUUUUGAGGCUCUUCCAAGUGGUUCAGAUCUAUUCUUAACUGACACACCUAUGGUCCCUACACUAGCUGAUAUAAAAUGGAUUGCUGCCGAUGAUGAUGAAACAUAUGCAAGAGUCAGAAGUGAUACAAGACCACUGAAACACAAAUGGAGGCCAAGCCCGCUUCUGGUUAUGCAGAGGAAUUCAUCUGUCCCCAAUCUAAAGAUGAAAGAAGAAAAAAUGUAUUGCUUAAAGAAAACUGGCUUAUCUGUAAAUCGCCCUACUGACCUGCAGGAUGAGCUGAGUCUUCUGAGAAGUCAGAUAGCUAGAAUUGUUGCUGCAGAUGCAGCUGCUCCUUGCUUGACAUCAGAUUCUCUCUCUGGAAAUGUGGACUUGGACCCCACCCUUGCUGACUUUGGAACCUCCUUUCAGUCGACGACCUCCUUUGUGAUCAGUGACAUUACAGAAGAGGACGAGCUGGAUGUAUCUGAAUACUCAUCUGCUUCGCUUGUGGAUUCCACCAUCAGCCAGCAACGUCAAAUUGAGCCCAACAUGUCUGAUGAUGAUGAGGACUCUCUGUGUAUGUCCAAGUCCAAUAGUUUUGCUGAUAUGAUGGGAAUUUUGAAAGAUAUCCACAGAAUGAAACUGACUAGAGACUGGUCAAACAGGAGCCAGAAUUUGCUCAAGGAAGAAGAUCCAAUCAAUCUUAUAUCAGAAGUUUUAAGGCAAAAGUUUGCACUUCAUGAUCCACAAGAUAUUAAAAAGAACAAUUAAUGACUUUUAUAAAAUAAUUUUGUUCAUGCAAUAGAAAUCAUUAAAGGUCAAAUAUUUUGUUAUAAAAAUACCUCAAAAUGAAGAAGAAAAAAAAAUAUGAAAAAAAUGUUUGGUGCACUGUCUAGGUACAUAUACCUUUUUUAAAAAAAAAACAAAUUAUCAUAUUGUAGCAUAUUAUGGGUAAUGAAUGCAACAUUUUUCUAAAAACUGAUGAAAAUUUCAAAAGCACCCAUGCACGCAUAUGGUUAAUUUCCUAUGGGUUUAUUAAUAUGGUGUUUGGUAGCUAACAGAAAAAUCUUUUUUGUUUCAGAGACGCACAACCUAAAAAAAUAAUACCAUAUGAUUUGAGAUUGAACUGUGAUUUUACACCCUUGGUUUACACAAUAUAUUUAUUUCUGUUUUAUAUUUACAUAAAGUUAAUAGGUUUUAAUUACCAUUAAUGGGCCAUAAUACCCAAAUGUUUAAACACUUGAAAGUGAUGCAGUAUAGCUGUAAAAAGCUGACUAGAAAAUAAAUAUCACCUGAACAUCUCUAUGUAAAAAAGAAAGAAAUUUUACCUCAAAAGUUCCUCAGUAGCCACAUCCCAUUGUAAAUGAUUUCUAAGCAUCAUAUCAGUAUGUCCCGGGACAGCCAAAGGGAUGAGUCGCGUGCACUCUCAUGUUAUUUCCCUAUUCAGUUUAAAGGAAGUUUACAAUUAAAUCUCAUGAGAGUUAAGUCAAAUCUCAUGAGAUCACAGUAAAAGAGUUCAUGACCUCAGCACUGCUGAUGCUGAUUGGCUGCUGUUCAUUUCUUCAUAAUUUUUUUUUACCUGCAGCUGGACAGUAACAGAGUAUAACUUUUUACACAGAACUUACUCUGCUGAGCUGAGGAGAUUGUGAGGUAAAAUAUCUUUCUUUUUUACAUAGAGAUGCUCAGGUGAUAUUUUCCUGUCAGCUUUUUACAGUUAUACUGCAUCAGUUUCAAGUGAUUUAGCAUAUAAGUAUUAUGUCCCUUUAAGCUAGUGGGAUUGCACAGAUCUCUCUACUUUGUAGGUUAUCUAUUUAGAUAUUUGUUGUGAGUGAUCUAUUAGGUUUUAGAAGUCGGAUUUUUGUGUGUGUAGCAAAGACGUUUGUGGUGCAGAUUUAAGAUUCUUAUUUUGAACCAUUGUAAGUUGCUUUGUAAUAUUAUUCUUGUUUUUUUUAAGUUACACUUUAGAAUUUGUACUUCCUUUUUAUCAAAGCAAGCAAAUGUCAAAAUUUAGCGUACAUUCAUUUAAUGACACUGUCAAGUAAAAUUGCUGCACUUGUCAAAGGUAGUCUUUAUAUAUAAAUGCUCACAGUGGACACAAUAAUUAUGGGUCCAGACUUGGAACAAAAAGGAUUCUUACAGCAAUUUAUUUUGUAUAGUGCAUUGCAUCAAUGUGCAUGUUAUCUUGACUAGUCUGAGGCUGCUUCAGUUUUUUUCUGCAAAAAAAGAUGAGCAUUGGAAAGUGCCACAUAUACAGCUGGAGCAGACUUUUUUUUUUAUGGUUAUUUUUUUGUUUUUUCCUUCUAGCUUCUAAAUGUUGUGAACCCUUUUAGUAUAUAAUUGUUUAAAGCUAAAAUGGAACAUGUUACAGUUUUUUUGUUCUAGGUUGAGUGCAGAAUUUAUAUACAGAAAUGAAACACUGCAAUAAUUCUUAUGUUCAACUGUACUGCUAGUUUUCAAGGUGGAAACACAAAAUUAAAACGUUAAAAAAGCUUAUCAAAUAAUCCAUUUGUAGCUCUGAUACCAAGAAAGUAGUAUUUACACGUUUGUGCUGUUGACAUGUUUUGGGUUUGUUUUUCUUUGUUUUUUUUUUAAUUAUUAUAUUGUUUAGUAAAACGCAUAACGUUUAUUGUGUAUUGUUACAGAUUUUUUUAAACAAUAAAUUCUCCAUAUUUAGUGCAUUGUGGUUUAAAGAAAUGUUCUGCUUUUACCACAGUUGGGGUGGCCAGAAUGUCUAAUUGUGCAUUAUAUUUAGUACCAGCCAAUUUAUUUAUUUAUUUAAAAUUGUUUUAUUUAGGGUUUCACAUUUAGAAUUUGAUUGUUUACAAUAUCCUGGCUUAUGAAUGUUCUUGAAAGUUUUAAGCAGCUUUCUUUGAUCACUUUAUCAUCACUUUAUCAUCAUUAAGGAGAAACCAAAAUAAACCAAAACAUUAAAAUGGUUUUUUUUUCAGAAGUUUUAAUUGUAUUUUGCUGCCAGUUUGCUUUACCCAUCAUACUUACUGUUUAUUGGUUAACUUCUUUCAAUGGUUAAGAAAAUCUUUUAAGAAGCAGGAAGUCAUUUAGAUCUGAUAUGUGUAUUAUCAAUAGGAUUACCACGUGUAACUUUCAUUAAUACAUCGUUUUCAUAUGUUUAAUUCUGCUUUCUCCUUUUGAAAUUGAAAUUUAAAUGCACUUAAAUGCCUGGCUUAAUUCUAAUUUAUAAUUGACUUUCAAUGACAGAAUUACAGAAAUAUGCUAGUGUUUAUUCAUUUUUACUUAUGUGUGCACAGACAGAAUUAAAGAAGAAAAAAUGGAAUGCGUUUAACUGUUAAAACUAAUAUGAUUUGUAAAAAACAACAAAAAAACACUUGUUACACUAUUAAAAACAGUAUUAAAACAUUGGUCUGAAAUAAACUUUAUUUAAAAUCCAAA